UUGUGGUUCUUCUAUGAUUCUCUACAGGAUAGGUUGCUAUGUGUUGUAGCAUGUUUAUAAGUUUUAUAUAAUUAAAACUUAUUAUCUUGGUAUGGUUGUAUUCCAUGCAACCAACACAUUCAAUCUGUAUUUAUUCCAAUCAGCCAUACCAGUUCUGGAAAUGAUUUCACCCUUGCCAUCUAGAACUAUCAUUGAGGGGAUUUCAGAGAUUCCAUAAACAAGCCUCAACACCCUAAAAUGUACAUUUGAGGAUUUUAAUGAACUAGUGUAAGAUUAUUUACCAGAUAGCUGGAUCACCAAAUGGUACAGCAUACCAACUACCAUGCCUCUGUGUAAAGUACGUUUUCAUUGUUUCUUCAUCAUAGUCAAAGCUCACAUAUAUAACUUCAAGCCUUAAAUGUAGUUCUUGGCUUUUAGUAUAAAUUUCUUUUAAAUUUAUUAAGAAUUGCUUGCAGUCCGAACUCCAAGACGCAGCAAAGUACAAAAUAAUUAUCCUUCGAUUCUUGAAAGCUUUCUCGCAUGGCACAAUAACACCCGUGCAACUCAUAAGCUCGUUGCUUUCUAUAAAUUCCAUUUCGUGUAUAAAAUAAGUAUACUGACGUUUGAAAACAACGUACAGAAGAAAACACUUGAAUUUUUUGAAAGACAGUUGGUAACUUAAACAGAAAGUCCCUAGUUAUAUUUUUAUAUUACAUAAUUUUGCGUAAAAUUUGGCAUAUAACAUUUUUAUAUACAUAUAUUUCAUAUUUAACAUGCAAUAUAUUUAAAAUAUUUAGAUAUAAAAUUAUUAUGUUAAAGAGUAUGAAAUUUUGGUAAUUAGUUAGUUACCAAUGGUUGCGCAGUAAAACCAAAAUCCCCAAGUUUCAAACUGACAGUUUUGAAUUUCACCAAUAAGCGCCAAUCACAACACGUUGAGUACCUGUUGAAAUCCCGUCCAAUCUCAACGGCCGUUAUCAAAUUUUGAACACUUUGCGGUCAAAAGAAUAAAUAAAAAAACUUGCAUUCGUGUCCACACCUUAACUGUACGAUAAUAAGAUGAGUGUGCACGAUUCUCUCGCCGAAACGCCACAGCCAUCCGCCUGUUCGACCGAAACUAAGCAAUCACGCCAAUUUUCAAUACCAACGAACCCAGUGCAAGUGAAAUUGGACGUGAAGAGAAAUCUUAUGGACAUGAACGUUUCAACGGAAUCAUUGGGUAUAUUAUCGCUGGACGAUAUGAAACCAACAAAGGAUUCUCUUACAUCAAUUCAUAAUCCAGCCACCACAAGUACAAUUGCAACAACAAGCAGCACAGAGGCACGCCAACAGGUCCUGGAAAGCACUCGCGCUUUAUUAGCUAAAUUCGCCAACAGAAAGAACAGCUCAAGUCUUACAGAAAGUACAGUUAAUGAGAGUGAUUUACAAAUGACACCAUCUAAAGGCAGCACCAUUAAUGAAAGUGAUUUGCUAAACAAAAGCACUGCAAGCAAUGUUUCAGUAAAUCAAGCAAGGAGAAAUUCAGUUACAUCAAACACUUCAUCCUUAUCAUAUGGUGAUUCAAUCAGUGCUUACAUCAGUGAAUUACAACAUCAGUUGGGAGCUAAUUCAACUGCAACCCUCAGUGACAUCAUUGGCAAUAAGUCAAAACAAUCCUUUGAGUUGGAUAGUGGAAUGUUUCAAUGUGCUGAAGAAAUGAAGCAACAACUUGAUGAGGAUGAGAAAGCAUUGAGAAAAAAAUAUGCUGCACUACCAAAUGCUACUCAAGCUUCAUUCAACAAUCUGGAGAAUAUUUCUGCUCAUUUUGAUGAAAAAGUCUCAAUGGGUGAAUUUUUCAAACAGAAAAGUGAUAUCUGCUCACUCUUCAAAACUAGUAGUCCUAAAAGAAAACCUAUAGCUUUGGUCAACUCUACAGCAAUUGAAGAUGACACAAAGGAGAGUACCACACUGAAUGAAAGUGUCUUAUCUGCAAUCAAUCAAAGUAUUGCUAGUGUUUUGAGUUUGUCUCAGAUACAAGGAUUAAUCACAGGUGAUGAAAACACACCAAACAAGGUGAUUGAGAAAUUGAUCAAAGCACCACUACAAAUAAAUAAUACCAACUCAAGUAAAAUGCAACAAAGUCACAUUAAUCAAACUGAAAAUGCGCCGCCUGUUUUGUUAAAAGAUGGAUAUUUUAACUCACGGUCGAGUUUGGGCUCGCCAAGUUUAUCAUCAGUUGGCAAAUUGUCGAAAUUUGCUAGUAGCACAGAUUUGAGAACUCCUACAAAAGAAAGUAUGGCUUCAUCAACGAAAAUUUACACUGCACGGAGUUUGAGCAGCAUAAAUGAUAAUAAGGAGAAUAUGAUGAGUCCUAGACGGUUAGAGGAGAAGAAUAGGACUUUGAAUUCGUGUCGAAGCACUAGUAGUAUGGAUAGCAUUCCUGAUGGCAUUGCAAAGUUAGCAAGCACAAAAUGUGAAAUGGUUUGGGGAUGCAUUAAGGAAGGCAGGGCUGUUUCAAUGGAUAUUACUAUUAGGAAUAAGAAUAAUCGCAGAGUUAAAUUUAUGAUUAACACGAGUAAUUCAAACUUUAAGUUAACCAACAUGGAACUUCAAGGCGAUAAAGCAAUACUCCUCCUACACCCAUUGGAAACCCGCCAAUUAUUUAUCUCAUGCUCCCCGAACGCCAUCGGUCCUCAAACAGGCAAUCUCGUUUUUACUCCCAUCGUGCGCAAAGAAGAACAACUCGCCAGCCGUCAACAAAUUGCGAUGUAUGCAUAUGGCGGCCAUGUCAACAUUCAAAUUAAAGGACAAACUCGUGACCUCGCCGGAAAACUUUGGGUGUCACUUGGUCCACUCGACGGUCGCUAUGAACUCAUCGCUGAUUUUGUCAUACGCAACAGCGGUACUAUUGAUGGUUUUGUUUCAUUGACUGUUAAUUCCAAAUCACUUUGCGCCUACGAUGAUAUUAGUCUUACCCCAUCGAAAGUAAUCAUCAAACGCGGUUCUGAAACCAAUGUACGCGUGCGCUUCCGGCCCAGCAAGAACGAUCUUCAGCUGUUGAAUCAGGCAUUAAGUAAUAAAAGCAUGAAAGCGUCUGAAAUUGCUGUUAUUAAGAUGAUUUCCGGCGCGGAUAUCAAUCGUCAACGCAUCAAUAAAAUCAGCAAGAAGAUUCCAAAGGAGUAUGAGUACAAUAUGCAAGAUCCACUUGCACAGCAGCUAAAUGCGCCGUAUCAAAACGCAACGCGUGGUGAAGAUAUUCGCUAUUUUAAUGAAUCUGUCAAAUCUGUGAAGAGUUUGAUGCAGACACUUGAUUGCACAGAGAUAUCUCUACUAGUUGAUCGUGAUAUGGACGCUACUUUAAUGCCGGAAGCUGAUGAUUCAACUGUAUUGUUUAAAACAAUGAUUAGUCCCGAUGAUAGCGAAUUAAUGGACAACUUCGCGGAACACUCAUACCUGAAAUCAUUCAAAGUUGAACCGGACAAGGUGAUUUUGACACCUCCGGCUAAAUGUGCUGAUCACAUACUUCUGAAUACCACUUACGACAGGCCUGUACAAUUUAGAGUGUCUAUAUCACCCGAAGGACCGGUGAGGAUUUCACCUAGGUGCGGAAUGGUGCGGCCGGGUGAAACUGUCAUGGUCAAAGUCGAAUGCGAGUAUGGCGUCACAAUGGCUCGCCAGGACUUUGAAGUUCUCUUCGAGAUCGAGGACGAGGCGCUUAAGAGCAAGCACCGAAAGAACUUUUUAAAUAAUAUUGCUGAGUGCCGAUUGUCCUUGACAUACUGAUUUCCGCUCCCAGAUUGAAUGUUCAGGUAUGUCUGUGGUCUUGCC